AUGCUUCCCACAAUCAGAUCACGAGCCGCAUGGCAAAUUUCGAAACGAAUUCAAACUGCUUCACGGCGAAGCUAUGCGUUUUCCGCCAACGAUCAACAAGAAAUUAACGACCCUACCCCCCAGAAGGACGUUCCGAACGUUUCCAAGACCAAUGAGCUUCCAACUGAGGCGGUCCACACAUCAACCUCUUUGCAGGAAAAGACUGAAGAUGCAGAACACAGGAGGGUAACGCAGGCGCCAAACCGAGCCGUGGCGUGGUCCAGGAGUCAAAACCCAAGAGCAAAAGCGAUGUCAGGCCCGAGAUUCGAACAAACCAUUAUGGAGGCUCAGCCUGCACCCCAAGCAGCUAUUACUCUAAUUCAUCAGCAGCCAGUGCGCUGGACACAUGAGCGAAUGGUCGCAUGCGACGGCGGUGGUGGGCCAUUGGGUCAUCCAAGAAUAUUCAUCAACGUUGAUAAACCCCAAAUCUGCAUGUGUACAUACUGUGGUCUUCCAUUUGCAAACGAACAUCAUCGCGCGCAUCUCGAGUCCUUACAUACAACACCAUAUCCUUUGGAGCCGCAGGGCAAAGCUGCUGAGGUUCCCGAGUCGCAGCGUAUUACAGAUGAGGCCUUGGGUCAGAGAUGA